AUGUCUGCCCGACACCCCUCACGUCCACGUCGCGUCGAUGAGGCCCUUUACCAGCUGGUCGAAUUACUCUCCCCUCCGCUGCCGCUGUCGGCCAUUGGCCACGACGGCGACGAUACCGAGACCUUCGCCGCGCUCGAAACCCAGCGGAAUCGCGAGAGCCACGAGCGCUCAUGGCGCAUUAUCGAUGCCUACGCAAACUCGUCCAAUGAUUCGGCGUCGCCCUCCGGUGCGGCGGGCUUGGGAAUAAACCGCAGAGGAAGCUUGGCCGGCGGAGAGAACAUCAACAAUGCGCCGGAUCUCAUCAAGCGGAAGCUAUUGCGGGAAAACGCCAGCCCCGAUAAGGCGGUGCGGUUCUCGAAUAUGUACUCGCGUCUGUUGACCCAGCCGGUGCUGUCGCAGAAAUGGGCCAUCCUCUACCUACUGUAUCGGCUGUCGAAUCGGGAUGACAAUGAGAAAUUUGUGGAUGAUGGGGAAAGGAGCCGGAGUCCCCAGAUGGAGCCUGAUAAUUUGCAAAAUAUGCUCUGGAAAGGUCAGCGGCCGAGGCGAGGGACCGGGCCUCGCAUGGCUGAUAAUUGGGACGAGGAAGGCCCGGCCAUCAGCUCGUCUGCGUCGCAAUUGCCGGCACGGAAGGCAUCCUUGCGACGACCGGAACGAGCUGAACGGCUUGAACGACUUGAGAACGACGCGGACCUGGAGCCCGAGAGAUUCCCAGAGCAAAUGGUUCCCCGUGACCAGGCGGAUGACACCCCCCGAGGUUCCUUUACUGCGGAGGAGCAGGGAGCCGCUCAGCGCCCGUCAACUGCAGACGCGCAGAAGAAUUUGACUCGACCUGCUGAACAUGGCUUGCUGCGCGAUCUUCCGUUCAAUCUGCAAGGCCUGUCUUCUUCGAGUCUCGAGUUCACCUCCGCUUCUGUCAUCAAAUUGCCACCGUCGCUUCCUAUCCCGAUGAUCUCACUCCUAAAUACCAUCGCCGAGCCAUGUCUACUGUAUCGGAAGCUGUCUGCUUUUGUCGAAGAUGACAGUGGUGGUCUUCUUAACCAGAGUCUACGUGCAGCUCUCUCGAAUGAGCUUCGGUCUUACCUAGGCCUCAUUGCAACCUUGGAAGGAGAGAUUCGGCGGGCAUUGGCUGCCUCGGAGGACCCCAACAAUUCCAACAGCGCGUCUAAAAGUGGUGUUACGCUGAAGCGGUGCGCCGUAUGGACAAGAGAUGCGACAAUGGCGCUACGUUUGAUGAGUCUCAUUGUUGAGGAGGCACAGAACAAGAAAGGUGGCCAACUCAUAUCUUUGAUCCAUGGGUUCUCGACUUCUCAUGGUGACCCUUUCGUCUGCGCCUUCGCAGAAAAACUUCUUGCACAUAUCACAAGGCCGUUCUACGAUAUGCUUCGCUUGUGGAUCUACGAUGGAGAGCUUUCUGAUCCUUUCAAGGAGUUUUUCGUUGUCGAGCCCGAGUUUAGACCCGCCACGGAUCCGCGACGCAUUGCGACGAGUGUGUGGGAAGAUAAAUACAAGUUGGACGACGAGAUGGUGCCUUCCAUCAUUACACAAGAUUUUGCCAAGAAGGUGUUUCUUAUUGGAAAAUCUCUCAACUUCAUACGGUAUGGCUGCGGGGAUUCUGGCUGGGUAGAGGCCUACUCCAAACAAGCCUCGAAAGAAUUGCGAUAUGGCGAUACGGCCAGUCUUGAGACGUCGAUCGACGAGGCGUAUAAGACUACGAUGGCGCAACUCAUUCACCUCAUGAAUGACAAAUUCAAGUUGUUCGAUCACCUGAAGGCCUUGAAGAAGUAUUUGCUGCUUGGGCAGGGAGAUUUCAUUGCCUUGCUAAUGGAAUCGCUGGCCUCAAACCUCGACCGGCCUGCCACUUCGCAGUACAGGCACACUUUGACCGCUCAACUGGAACACGCUAUCCGUGCAUCGAACGCACAAUACGAUUCGCCAGAUGUCCUUCGGCGCUUGGAUGCUCGCAUGUUAGAGCUCAGUCACGGUGAUAUUGGUUGGGAUUGUUUCACGCUCGAAUACAAGAUCGAUGCUCCGGUGGAUGUCGUCAUUACAUCCUGGGCCUCCACACAGUACCUCAAGAUGUUCAACUUUCUUUGGCGGGUGAAACGAGUCGAGUUUGCUCUAGGCAGUACGUGGCGGCGAUGCAUGACUGGCGCCCGGGGUGUCCUGGGCAGCGUCGACGAUAAGGUUGGGCCGGAUUGGAAGCGGGCAAGAUGCGUUAUCGCUGAAAUGAUCCACUUCGUCUGUCAGCUACAGUGGUACAUCCUUUUCGAGGUCAUUGAGUCCAGCUGGAACGAUCUGCAAGCCCAAGUUUCCAAGCCAGGAUGCACAUUAGAUGACCUCAUUGAGGCGCAUACCGCCUACCUCAAUUCCAUCACGCGCAAGGGUCUCCUCGGCUCCACGUCAGCGGCGAACAAGCAUCAGGAAGAGACGUUUUUGACGCAGCUCCACCAGAUCUUGAAGAUCAUGCUUGCUUAUAAAGACGCCGUCGACGGGCUGUACUCCUUCUCGGUCGCAGAGUUCACACGAGGGCAGGAACUGAGCGCGCGGAUCGAGACUCGCACGGCGCAAGGCCGCUGGGGUGUCACGGAGCGCGAUCUUCUGGGACAGACGCAGGGACAUAAGAAUUCCAUGUCCUCGGUAUCUGGGACGCCGACCGUCGGAAACGCCGGCGACGGUACCAACACGCCCUCGUCUCUCAUGAACCAUGAUCUUUCCGUGGACGACCACAUGCUUUCCUCGCUGCGGACUCGCCUCCGUGAGCUCUCUGCCGAGUUCCGAUCACGACUGAACAUUUUCCUCGGUGACAUUGCCUACCAUUCCGAGACGGACAUGCGGUUCCUUGGUGUGGCCAUGAACUUCAACGACGUUUACGAACCGGCUCGCAGGAGGCGCACCACAGGAGUGAGCUCUCGGGAUCGCGAGCGGGCACGACGCAAGGCGGCCGCCUCCAAUGGAGAAAGCAGCUCGCAACGAGAGGCGAAGCGUGAGAAGGAGAAAGAGAGACGGGAAGUUGAUGGUAGCGGCAAUGCGAGUGGAAGUGGAACCUAA